UCGGUUUUUACCCGCAUUCCGUCUCCGGUCUCACUGAAUUGGCGUGACGCGACGUGAUCAAUUCCGUGACUUUAAAAUAGUUAAGUUUUAAAAGAACUUGUUAAGUGACAUUCAGAGGGCUUUGGUCUUUUAACGGAAAACAAAACAAUGCGGAGAAGUAUCGAAGCGUAAGAGUCAACGGCGGUCGCCAGCCAACAACAACAACACCACCCACGAGCAACAAUAACAACAUCACGACUAAAACGGGAGACCACUGCCAAUAUAUACACACACCAAGAGAAAUCAAAAUAAAACGACGAAAAGGUACAGAAUAUACGGCAGCUCCCGUUUUACUCUGGACGGCGCCAGUGAGAGUUGACGAAUGCGGAGCAGUUCGAGGCAGGCGGAGGAGCAGCAGCAGCAGCAGGGCCACCGAAAGCGGAAAGCGGCAGCAACCCAAUAGCAAUAUCCGGAAGGAACAAAAAACCAACAGAACACCGCCUUAGCCUUAGAGAAAGACAACGAGGAGACGACCACUCCGAAUCAAAUCAAAAGCAAGCAAAGCCAAACCAAACGAAACCAAUCAAAUCAAAAGCCCGAUCCCAAGCAAACAAAAUGUCCUCGCCGAGUGCCGGAAAGCGACGCAUGGACAACGAUGUGAUCAAGCUGAUCGAGUCGAAGCACGAGGUGACCAUCCUGGGCGGCCUGAACGAGUUCCACGUCAAGUUCUUCGGUCCAACGGAGACGCCCUACGAGGGCGGCGUGUGGAAGGUGCGCGUCUACCUGCCCGACAACUAUCCCUUCAAGUCGCCGAGCAUCGGUUUCGUGAACAAGAUCUACCAUCCGAACAUUGACGAGUCCUCCGGCACCGUCUGCCUGGAUGUGAUCAAUCAGGCCUGGACGGCGCUGUACGAUCUGUCGAACAUCUUCGAAUCGUUCUUGCCGCAACUGCUCACAUAUCCCAAUCCGGUCGAUCCGCUCAAUCGCGAUGCGGCCGCCUUGUACCUGCACGAGCCGGAGGAGUACCAUCGCAAGGUGGCCGACUAUGUGCAGCGGUAUGCCACCGAGGAUGCGCUGCGGGCGGCGCAGCAGGAGCGGGAGAGCAGCGACAGCGAGUCGAGCAUGUCCGACUACAGUGAGGACGAGGCCAGGGAUAUGGAGUUAUAAUAUCGGUUGGACCGCCAGCCUACGGAAAUACCGCUUAAACUAACACUGACAACAGCCUAAUACAAAUGCUUCGAGAUCCCAUUGCCCCAUUACCCGAUCCCUGCCUCGAUUUCCACCCAACCAAACGAACACCACUCCCUUCAGUUGGCGACGGAACAGCAACCAACAAUAUAUAUAUAUCCAUAUAUAUAUAUAUAUAAUUGAUAAAUGAUAAUUGGAUUUUAAGAUAGAAAGUGAUUCGAUAAUGGCGUGUGAUGAUCUGCGCACACACGCACAUACAUAUAAAUAUAUACAUACAAUAUAUAUAUAUAUAUAUAUAUACACACACUAAUGUAAGCAGCAAAAACAAGAAAAACAAGAUUUAAAAAACUCUUAGUUUAGCCAUCAGUAGCUGAUAACAAAAAGAAAGUCUUAAAAAGGAUUGGAGCAAGGAUCGUAACAGAUCGUAACAGAUAUAUAGACCACAACAAAAACGAAACGGAGGAGAACAAAAUGGAAACAGAAACAAGAUGGAAACAAAAGUAAAAGUUAAAGUAAUUAUGGAUAAAACAAGAUAACAAAUAAAAGCAUAGAUGCAAACGCAAUUUAAAUGGUUAUAGUAAGUGCACACGCAAUACGAAAUACGAAAUAUGACGUGAAAUUGCUUUUGGCCUUGAUCUGGCAUUAAACAGACGUCGAUGCCCGUUCUUUAGAGUUUAGCAAUGGAGUAACAAGUUGAUAGAAAAAGUAUCGUAAACACAAGUACCACCAUCAAACACACAAGUUUUUGGAACCCCCUCACCACAUACUUAAGUACCACACGAUGAUAACCCAAUCUGAACCUAAAGGAUACCGAACCC